CAUCAUCGACCGUUGCAAUUUUUCAAACCUCAACAGCCACCCAACGAAGACGCUUCCACGGAACAAAGCGAAACCAUCGCCCCCGAGUGUUCCUCAGAAAGUAGUGCAAACAGUCAGAGUUGCGAGUGAAAUUCUGUGAAAUAUCAACGGAAAAGCGUGCAAAACUAGUUGAAAUCAUAUUUUUGGUGCAUAUUUUAUGUGGGAAAUGCAAUAAUGGAUCCUUUCACACAGAACAUACUCGAACGCGCUGAAAAACGUGCGGCCGCCCUUGGUAUUACAAACACCUCCAAGUUUCCCCUGUCGGAAUAUAACUACGAAGCAGACAAGCAAGCCACGGGAGCAGCUUCACCGAAGAAAAAGUCGGCCGCGAGAAAGCACUCAGCACCGAAACCACCAUCGACAACGAGUGUAUCGACGCGCACGGCAACGGAUGGUGAGCGUACCACCACGGUGGACAUUGGCGGACAGGACAAUUGUGAUGUGGCGCUGGAAAUAAACAUCACCACCAGCGCCAAUCUGCAGGUUGAUUUGGGCGUGAAGGAGCUGGAAAACGAUGGCACCGUUAAAAAGCAAUGGGAGCAUAACAUUGUGCGUGCGCUGGAGGGUGAGAAGGAGAACAGUGCCGAGGCGAAAAGUCUCAUCCGAGACCAGAGCCGGAAUCAACUGCAGCGGCUCGGAACGCUCUACUCCGAAACGCAGGACCUUUCGUCGCCGGUGCACCGUACCGAGGGUCGGUUUCACGAGGAUAUGAAGCAGAGCAGCAAACCGAAGCCGAAGCUGGCGAAGCUGGCCAUGUUGGCAGAUUCGAUCAACAACUGGGAGGACGACACUUCGCACCCGGACAUCACGCAUCAUCGUGAAACGAUUGUUCCGGGUAAGGAGCAAAAAUCGCCCACCGCCCGUCGACCAAGUCCGAAGCGUGCCGGGGGUACUGUUGCAUCCUCUGCGACCGUUACGGGUGCAACGCCCAAAAAGUACCCCGCGCCUAAUCCACCGAAAUCGAUCCUCAGUCCCCAGAAGGCGGGUAGCAACGGAGGCGAGUCGUCUGGGGCGGCAGGUAAACCGGGGCAAACGAAAUCCCUGAAAUGGGAUCAGAAAGUAAUGGACACGCUCGAAUCGCAAGGAUUCCAAAGGCGCGAGUCCACCACCUCGAAGCUGGUGUACGAUUACCAGGAAGGUAAGAAUGGCAAAAAACCGGACAACUAUCGGGCACCGGCGUCAGCGUCAGCUGCAACUACGACAUCUCGCGAGCGGAACACGACUCAGGUGGACCAAGCGGAGGAAGCCAAAAAAUCUGCGGCCACUACUACGCAGCACAAGAAACCGAAUGGGGGGACGGGUGCGCCAAAGCCUGCCGCCGGUGGGCUAGUAUCGGGACGGGCUGCAAUGUUCGAAAAAUCGUCCGGCCGUCGGCAAUCUAUCCUGAAACCGGGCCAAAAAGAUCCGGCCGAAAUGUCGCUCAAGGAGCGUAUGGCAAUCUUCGAGAAGAACAAGGGCGCUGCCCUCGUACCGAAGGCGGCCUUCGGUAUCAGCCCCUCGAUUCGACAGAUCACCGGACAGAAGGAGGGUGGAAAGGGUUCAUCGUCCGGCUCGGGACCGAUGUCCUGUGCAGCCAUCCAGGGGUCCGGUUUUGGGAGCAUCACGCAACAAGCCCGCACGGCCGUUGCUCCGGCAUCUCCACAAAGCAAACCGAAAGUCGAUCACGGUAAACCCGCGCCGAAAGUCGAAACGAAAGCCACUGGUUCCGCGAUCCGUAACACGGUAGAAGCAUUGAUGUCGGACACGAGCACAAUUUCGCAGUCGGAAAUAUCGGAAGAAAUCCGUCGUAUGCGUCAGCAGGAGAUGGACAUGCUGCUGAACCGGUUCACCAAACCGGCCGACAUGUCGUCCGAUACGAUUUCUUACGAUUCGCAGCCUAUCCCAUCGGCACCGCCGAUGCCACCGGACGGCUAUCUGACGGCCAGUGGCAAGAAGAAGAGCAAGCAUUCUUUGGACGGGGGGAAUGGUGGACACAAGCGGCGCAGUGACGGUUCUAACGAUAGUCCGGGUGUGAUUGCCACCUUGGACGAGGUGAAACGCAUCCGCGUAGCGUCGACAGUGAAGGAUGGACGCAUGUAUCCGGCACUGAGCGAUAUCGAAACGACAGCCACCGAAUCCGGUGAUGAAGGUGCGGUCGGUGAUGAUUAUACCACCGCGACCGUGUCCGGUUCGGAAGGAUCCGAGCGUGCCUACCGCACCUGCUACGGGGAUGUCGGUGACGACGAUGACCAUGUCGUGGAGGAGGAGGAGGACGAGUACGAUGAAGAGGAGGACGGUCAUGAACGGCAGCGGUACGAGGUGGAUGAGGAUGACGACAGCUUCAUGUAUUCCGACGACGAUGAAGAGGCCAACAUUGCAAACGUAAGCCUGGGGCGCGAAAUUCUGCAGGCCGUCAAGCUUAACGAUCGUCGCACUAGCAACCGUGGUCGACGUCAGAGCCAGAACUGGAACCAAGCGCACGAAGAGGUUGCCCAGACGCAGGCCACGAAAGGUGUGACUUUCAGUCUAGAACGUUCCGAUGCCAGCGAUGGUUCGGAUCAGCUCGAGGACAGCGAUCUGCUCGAUGCCUGCCUCGAGGAAGCGUUUGUUGACGAGGGCGACGAGGACAGUGAUACACCCCGAAAAUCAUCAGUAUCGUCCAACAGUUUCUCCUACCAGAAGCACUCGGGGCGCGAUCGUUGCAAAACAAUCAACGAAGAAGACUCCGAAAAGGUGACCAGCAGCAGUGGAGCCGGCAAGCGCAAGUCUGGUACACCGCGCAAGAGCCACGGCGGUCAACCGCAGGUCGAUUAUAGCAGCCCGGUUCGUUCCGAGCUACAGGUGAAGCCGGCGAAGGACGACGACGAUAUGGUCACGCUGGUUCACACCGUAAGCUUCUAUCGGCGUCAGCAGCAACAGCAGCAACACACUGCGAUCACACCACGAAAAGUCCCACGUGCGCCGGUAACCAGUUCCAAGACCACCAGCUCGCCACCCGGCAAUAGAGCCGGCACGGUUGAUUCUACCGCAACGUUCGAUUCGGACGGGGAGGAUGUGUCCAGCACGGCGGAAUCUACCUCCACCACCGGCGGUACGGAGGAGGGUGAAUUUUUGGUCCAGGAAAAGGUGAAAAAACUGCUGGACGAGGUUUGCAAGCAGCAGACGAUCAUCGCCCAAGCCAGCCAGGCGCUGAACCUGUGCGCUGCCACAAUCGAAUUUUCCGGCUCAUCGGAAUCGGUCGAAGGCGAACGACAUUUGCUCGUUGCGACGCACCGUCGCCAAGCGAUCUUGGACGAGGUGCAACGUCUUCGUGUUGAAGGGUGUCUACGGCCACCGGGUGCACCCACGGAAAAGGGUCGUCUGACGGUGCGAGACAUCACGCUGCCCCUCAAGCAGGAGUACAUGCGCAAGCUGGCGGCGGAUCAAAUCAGUGGCCACAAUUUGGUGUGCUUGCUGAAGUACAAUGAGACGGUGUUGGCCACCCAGACGGCACCAACACUGCCCGGGCUGCUAUCCGUACGGUUUCCGGAUGUGCUACAGCUGAGCAACGUGUUUGCCGAUUUUAAGAUAACGAUGGAAAUUUACGGAAUGCCGGCCAGUCGCGAGGUCCUGCCGCACGAGAUCAAGUACCACAUUGCGCUGGGCGGCAAAAAGAAAGGUGGUGGCGGAUCGAACAAGCUGCUCCAUACACCGAAAGCGUUGAAAAGCAACUCGCGGCUCAUCAUGCCCCCGGUACAGUCACCAGCCGGACCGCAAGCCGUCCGCUCACCGUCGCUUGCACUGUACGGGUUUAUCAUUUUCUCGCUGAAAGAGAUCCAGCGUACGGGCUGGACGCUUAACCCAAUCUCGGGCUGCGCCAGCCCGCUGGACGGUACCGUCAAUAUGCGCGUCAACUGUGAGCUGGCGGUGACGGUGGACUAUCAUGGAUUUCUCACGAUGUACGAGGAUGUGUCGGGGUUGGGCGCUUGGCACCGGCGCUGGUGUCGAUUGCAACGGCACGUCAUCAACUACUGGCGGUAUCCGGACGAUGAGAAGCGGAAGGCACCGAUCGGCAGUAUCGAUCUGCAGGGCUGCAUCACGCAGCGCGUCGGUGUGGCACCGCGCGAUAUCUGCUCCCGGCUGAACACGCUGAUGCUGGAGUUUGCCCGGCCCGCGCGCGACGAUGACGUUGAAUCGCUGAAAGUCGUUCGUCAAGGGAAAACCACGAUCGAAAGGUAUCUGCUUUCGGCCGACUCGAAAGAGGAACGUGACGAAUGGUGUGCCCAUCUGAACAAAACGUUGGCACUGUUAAAAGCAUGGGGCUCGAGUAAUGUCACCAGCAGCUAAUCAUUUCCCCGAGAGAAUCGCUGCGGUGUUCUUCUUUUCUUAAUUAAUGGAGACGAUUGAUAGUUUUUCGUUUUACGAAACGAUUAUUACGCAUUAGAGUUUGAAUUCUUAUGCCAUCGAAUAUGCAAAACAGCCAGCGAAACAGAGGCGGAGAGUACCGCACACGUAUGAAACAUCGUAUGUAAAUUAUAAAGUAUUACUUUCAUGCGUGCGGGCCUGAUUUUAUUGCUUAUUGGAUUGAUAAUGUAUUUCUUUUUUUGCUAACUACUUAGCUCUGUUGCUUUUAUUCCGAUAUAACCGCUUACUAGUGAAAUAUGAAGGCGCCAGAAUCGUUUAGUGUAACAUCAUCUAAUCACAGUGCUAGAUGUGCAGAACCAAGUGCAUAUUAGGGUGCGGCUUGGUACCGAGACGAUUAUUAAGCUAAACUAACUAUUUUAAAGUGUAAGCGAAAGUAUUUGCGUUGUUGAUUAGGGAAGCAAAAGGAUCCAGUAAUGGAUAGGUAUGACUUUUGAGUGAAGUUUUGAUUGAUUAUUAAAUGGAUGUAUACUAAUAUAAUUACUGAAACGUAUAAAAAA